AAGCGAGGUCAGUCAGUUUGUGCUGAGCUGCGGCAGAGAACAAGUUGGCGCUCACAGUUCGAAUCCCAGCGUGACUGAACCAGCACUGCGCUACACUAUACACACGUGGCAGCGGUGACAGAGGAGUGCCAAGGGGUGCCAAAGAGUGCCAGUGCCGUAGCCGACCCUUCCAAUUGGCGCAAAAACAGCCGGAAGUGUGUAAAGCUGUGUAAAGUGUAAAGAUCGAGGUGGUUUUGUGAUCACUUCCACGUGGUUAAGGGAUGUUGUGUUAUCUGAAAAGAGCGACGGCAGCGGAAACGUGAGAAAGCUUGAGGCGGCAUGCAGGGGGCAGCGGCGGUGGUGACAGUGGCAGUGGUGGUGGUGGUAGGAGUACUAACAACGAACGCUCAAAAUGCAUCAGGGCGGCAGGGAGAACAGGGAGGACAGGGAGGGCAGGGGACAAGGCAGAGCAGGGACUUGGUGACCGUGCCUCGGGUGUUCAGUAACGUGCCCCGUGUGUGGAGGACAAGACCGCGUCACCAGGACCCCAAAGACCGCGCCUAUGGGAGUGUUGACGCCCACACACUGCUCGGGAGAAGGGAUCCAAAACUUGUGGCCACUAAAUCGAGUUACACCAUCGUGGCGCCCAGAAUAGCUAGACCUUCUACUGUUUAUCGCGUCGCUGUGGGGAUCCUUAGCGGUGUUUCCCCUGUGGAUGUGACUGCCCAGCUUACUUCCCCAGGGGUCAGCCUUACCCCUGCCAAGGCCACCAUUGCUCCAGGGGACACAGAGGACCUUCUCAUUCAGGUUCCCCAUACGUCGGUCAUCGCCACCUACACUCUGCAGGUGGAGGGACGCCGUGGCCACACUCUUGUCUUCAGAAACUCAAGUCAAGUGUUAUCCAGCCCUACUUUCCUCACCAUCAUUAUCCAGCUGUCCAGGGUGUGUUUCAACGGGGGGCAAGACGUUGGCAUCAAGAUAAUCCUCCUCACCACUGAAUUAAGACCUUACGAGGAACCUGUUGACAUCUUCAUCUUGGAUCCAGAGGACAACAUUAUCAAGAGAUGGGUUUCAAGAUCACCGAGAGUAGGUAUCGUGGACGUCUCUUUCACGCUACCAGACCUGCCGCAGCUUGGAUGGUGGCGCGUCAAAGUCCAAGCCAGAAAACAGGAGCAGGAGAAGCAGUUUUUGGUGCACAAACUUUAUGAACCUUUGUAUGAGGUGUUCGUGGUGAUGCCGUACUACGCUCUCUCUACGGACGAGGAGAUCACGGGCACCAUUGAAGGCACGUACACCACGGACAAACCCAUCUAUGGCAACGCUUCCUUGUCCGUGUACGUGAAGCAGCCGUGGGACAGACCUGACUCGGAGUUCAAGCACGUGACCACGGAAAUUUUUGACUACGUAGAUGAAGAGGAGGACUUCGCAAUCCCUAUGGCGUCUCUGUUACCGCACGUUCAGCAGCUCGAAGGCGCCGAGGUUCUGGUUGAGUGCAAGUUCUAUGACGUGUUUUGGUGGAUUGAGACAAGAGGACAUUCAAGGAUGCGAAUUCUUGGUAAUGAGGUGGAGGUGAAGCUGGUGGGAGCAGAGCCUUUCGUGUUCCGCCCCGGCAUGCCCUUCACUGGCACCGUGGCAGUUCAACACACAGACAAACAGGCAAUGGACCCCUCCCGCCUUGAGGAAUCUACGCUGUUUAUCAAGGCCACGGUGUACACUCCCUCCUCCUCCUUCAAGCUGCCUGAGAUUAUUGUCCCGCCACUCGCGCAAGACACGGACACAAGGGAGAGAGCGAUGGAGACCCUGAAGAAUGCACAGUGGGAGUGGCUGUGGGGCGGCGAGGAGACAGAAUCAGACGCUUGGAAGUAUGAAGUGACAGCCGCGGAGAACGAACUCAAGGAACUGUUUCAAGAUUACACCAAAGACCAAUACUUUGCUGAAUACAGGAGCACUGGUAUCUUCAGAUUCAAGGUGGACAUUCCGAAGGAGGCGACGAAGGUUCAAUUUGACAUUACCUACCAGGACUCAGAAGCCACUGCCGCCACCACCACCACCGCCCUGGCCCACCACAACCCCGGCCACAGGUACAUUCAGGUGACCACGAGCACGGACGAGGCACGUGUUGGGGAGUUCGUUGUGCUGCACGUGAGGUCAAACUUCCACGUGCCUAAGUUUAUUUAUAUGAUCCUGGCCAAGGGGUUACUGCUGCACGUGUCAUCUGAGGUCACGGGAGGCGAUGACGUGGUGACCUUUAGUGUGGCAGUGUCCUCCUCCAUGUCCCCACGCUUCACUGUUGUGGUGUACGCGGUCACUCACGACGGAGAGAUGGUGGCGGACGCGAUGGCUGUCCCUGUGUCUGUCCUCAAUAAUAUGAAGAUCAGCCUGUCUCUCAACCAACACAAGGAUCACUCCAAGAGAACAGUGGAGGUGGUAGCGGGCGCCCCUCCUGGCUCCCUCUACACCCUGCAGUGCCAAAGACCUCUUAACUACAACAGGCAACACCCCAACGCCCUCACCCGCUCCAGGAUCCUUGCGCAGAUGAUGGAGAUGGAGCCAGUGCAGAGGACAGUACAUGGAGUCCUACACAGGUCGAGGGAUGGAAGUGCAGCAGAUCGCCUUGUGUCCUUAACAGCACACAGCUACGGGAAGGAUGUGCUGGCGGCCUUCCAGGAUGCUGCCCUCAUCCUGUUGACUGAUGCCGACUUAGCCCUCACUCCUGGAAGAGAGGGCACCUGUGAUAUUGUUUCCGGCUACCUGGAGUGUGGUGACGGCACUUGCUUCCGUCACCAGCACCUCUGUGACGGCGUGGCGCAGUGUGGCAAUGGUGCUGAUGAGCUGGGAUGUGAGAAACUUUACAAUGACUUCCCUCCCAACCAUAAAGAUCAAGAAGAUCACCUCGGGCUCACAACUGACACCCUCUUCCGCAUCCUUCGCGAGCAUUUUAUAGAGGACAUUUUUGAUGCUGAUGACAUCGAGUGGUGCAUCGCUAACAUCUGGAUUGGACAUCGCGGGCAGGAGGAGAUAGAGAGGGAGGUUGUCAAGACUGCAGAGGAGUGGUUUGUGGAGGCCUAUGCAAUUCACCCGGAAUUUGGCCUAGCUUUCACCCAUGAGCCUAUACAGUUCUUGAGUGACCCGCCCUUCUAUAUCGCUGUAGAGGGCCCAGAGUUCUGCAGGAGAGGUGAACAGAUCGCCAUACGUGUUCUUGCCUACAAUUUGGUGGACAUAACGCUGCAGGCGGUCCUCAUCUUGCACGACAGCGAUGAUUACAUGUUCGUCAACGUGGAGGAGGAUGGCAACGUACAGCAUUUCAGGCCUAGACUCUCCAGAGGGCAACACCAGCACCUUAUUAUUAUCCCCCCUGGCGGCUUGAAGGAAGUGCUGUUUCCUUUAGCGGUUACAAGGCAGUCCGGCACGAUGGAGGUGACGAUAGAAGCUGUGACGCAGGUGAUGCAGGACUCCGAGACGUGGGAGGUGGAGGUGAAGCCUGAAGGAGUCCCGGUCCGUAAACACACGUCCUUAGUCCUUGAUCUGCGUAACCGAGCUGUCCUUUACGAGUUCCUGGACGUUCCUAUUGAUGAGAGUCCUAUUAUCCCCUUCAGUAUCAUACGAAGGUUCCUAUAUGGGUCUCCUGCAGCUAGGAUUUCUAUAACCGGUGAUGUGUUCGGCCCCACCCCUGAGAGUCUAAUGGUGGACCACUCCGAGGUGUUUGGGGGGCGCCAUCUGAGGAGUACUGACGGGGUUGCCUUUAAUUUUGGGGCAACACUAUGGACCCUUCAUUACCUGCGCCUCACUAACCAGCUGGUGACUAACGAUGCCAAGGACGCGUUUGACUACCUGACGGUGCAGUUGGCGGGGCUGCUGUGGCGUAACACUAACGGAGGGUACAGCAUGUGGGCUAACCAUACCCAGAACGUGUGGCUAACAGCGAAGGUGACCAACAUGCUCCUGGCGGCACAGCACGAGGACUGGGAGAACCUGCUGUACAUUGACCCAGGGAUCAUUCAGAAAUCUGUCCGCUUUCUCCUGCAAAACCAGAUGGCCAAUGGAGGGUUUGCCGAGCUGGGAGACGUGCCACUAGACGCUAAGCUGAGUUCCCAGGGCCGCUCCUCCUCCGUGCCCCUCACUGCCCUGGUGUCCUUGGUGCUACAUAACAGUUUGCCGGUCCUGCAGGGCGCCACUCACUCCAGGGCCGUGACUGCAAGGGCCAAAGCUGCAAAUUACUUGGUGUUCCAAUUAGCGCACCUGCAUGACGUGUACCACCUGGCCAUCACCGCUUACGCCCUCACCGUGCUGGGCUCCCCCUCUGCAGACACAGCGGCGGCCAGACUCUAUGCCAGGCGAAGACAGCAAGGUGACAUGGCGUACUGGUCCAAGGUACGCAUUACCACACACCUUCGUCGCCAGGAGAACAGUCAGAGGGCGUUCCUGCUGCCAAGGGAGCCUGAACAGUGGGACGCGCAUGCUGUCGAGGCCACAAGUUACGGUCUGCUAGUACUGCUCACGAGGGAAGGAGUGACGACAAAUUCUGAGCAAGUUAUGAGGUGGCUGAAUGCUGUGAGAGAUUGGGACUUUGCGUUCGUGUCUACUUCGGAUACAGUGGUGGCGAUGCAGGCCCUGGCGGAGUAUUCGUUCAGGGCAAGACUAAGGGAUGUGACGAAUAUUGACUGUACUUUUGAGGUCACAUCCCAGCCUGUCACGCCCCUGGAGGUCAAGAUUACUAAUGAGUCUUUAUCUACUUAUCAUUCGUUUGAGCUGGAGAACGUUUGGGGACACGUGAACUUGAUGGCGAAGGGAUCAGGACAAGCCAUCGCACAGUUGGAGGUCUCGUGGGGUGUGGACGUGCUGGGCUUCAUUGAACAGCCACACAAGAAGUACUUUGAACUGGAUGUAUGGGAGAAGUAUCACCAGUUUAGAAACAAGUCCAUCAUUACUACGACUGUUUGUGCAAAGUGGCUUGCUACUGAGGAAGGGAACACCAGUAGCGCCGCCCUGGUGGAGAUAGAGGUCCCUACUGGCUACAUGUUAAUCCAGCCACACGCAGAAGAGAGACUAGCGGCAAUAAGGAGCGCUGGACACUUCCCUGAGCUUAAAAAUGUGCACACGACGAAAACUCACAUAUUCUGGCAGUUUGAUAAUAUCCCGUCACACUCCAGCCAGUGCUUCAGCUAUGACAUACGAAGAUGGUACCCCGCCGCCAACCUGACAGCCAUCCGCUCAGCCACUGUCAUGGAGCUCUUCUCGCCAGAACACUUUGAAAUGGUGAUGAUAAACGCCACGCCCCUCGCACUCCUGGACAUAUGUGAGGUGUGUGGGUCUUACCAGUGCCCUUACUGCCCUAUAUACAGCACAGCGCCCUCUGUCUCCUCGCCCUGGCUACUGAUGCUGCUCCUCUUCGCCCUCUCCCUCCUCCUCUCCCCGCCACAUCACGAAAGUAGAUCCUAGUGUGGUGUUUUUCAUUGUUCCUCUCUCCUGGUGGUGUUGUGGUGUUGUGGUGUUGUGGUUGGUGUUGUGUGGUGUUUUUUUUUUUUCUUUGUUUUGGUGAUUGUUUGUGGUUUUGGUGAUAGUGGUGGUUGUGGUGGUGGUGGUGGUGGUGGUGGU